AUGGAUGAAAAAGAGAGAGCAUUUUUAGAUAAAAAAUUCAGACACCUGUUCAACUUUUACGACUAUGAUAAAAAUGGUUAUAUUGAAUGGAGCGAUUUUGAAAAGAGAAUCUCAGAUGCAACCACUCAUAUAAAACAACGUUUAGAAAAUCAAGAAUUCUACGUUAGCACUUUUCGUUCCCUGCAAACACGGGCAGUUAGAAAUUUCUUCAACGCGGUUUUGAAAUACGCGGAUAAGGACAGCGACUGUAAAAUAUCCGCCCAAGAAUGGAUUGAUUUCUCCUACGAUCUACGUGAAAAAAUUUUAGAAGCCGGAGAGUUGCCGUCUUGGCUGAAAGACGUGGUUGGUGGUCUCUUUGCUUGUUGUGAUAUUAAUAAGGACGGUUGUCUUGGUAACGACGGCCUAGAAUUUCUUCCAGGAAUCAGUGAAGAUAUGCAAGAGUACUGCUUUAACAUUUUGACAAAAAAUGGAGAGAUUCCGCUCGAUGAGAAUUCCUAUUUUCAAUUAACCAAAGAUUAUUGCUGCAGCAAUGAUCCGAAGAACAAAAGUCGCUACUUAUAUGGGUUUUGUGAUUAA